AUGACGAGUUUGAAGGACAAAUUUCAAGCUGCCGUUGAAAUUGUUCAAAACUUACCCAAGGAUGGCGCUGUCUCGACAACGAACGAGGAAAAGCUAACUUUCUACAGUCUAUUCAAACAGGCCACUGUAGGUUCUUGUAAUAUACCGAAGCCAGGCUUUUGGAACUUACGUGAGAAGUACAAAUGGGAAGCCUGGAGCUCCUUGGAUGACCUUUCAGCAGAUGAUGCCAUGACCAGAUAUGUGAUGAAAUUACAAAUCAAAAUUGAAGAAGUCAUUAGGGAUUAUGAUGAGCAAUGGAUGUUUCCCUGGGCUCAAGAAUUGAAAGAGAGGCUCACACCAUUAUUCUACAAAAUCGGAGUGCCUAUGGUCGUUGAAAGCGUUGGUGCUGUGAAGGAAAAUCGCAUGAGCAGGGGUGAAAACAAUAGUUGGUUGGACGUAGUCGAUAUUGCCUCUCAGUCUUCUAUCGUUUCGGAUUCGGAGUACAUUGAUGCAGUUGAAGAAGAUGUAGAAACAAGAUCACGAAGUUCCUCAUAUGAAAUCCGAGAUAACGUGAAGGCUCGAUCAAAAUCAGUGAGUAGCGUGCCAAUAGAGGAACACUUAAUGAUCAUUGCUGAACGUGUUGACAUGCUAGCUAAACUUUUUGAGGCGAAAAGCAAUCACUUGGUUGAAAUACUGAAGAAAGCUACUGUCUACAUGGUCAUUCCCAAAAAGGUCAGCUGGCUAUUUCUGAUGUUUUUCAUAGCUUGGCCGUUCAUAGCUCACAUCCUAUUACGAUAUAUUAAGCGAUAUUUUAACUUACGAUUCUAA